ACCUCUGCUUUCCAGAGCUCAACAGCUCGUGUCACAAACAGAGGCGUUCUCCUUCCUUCAUACUGCUGGCUUCAGUUCUUCUGUCCGUCUUCUCUGUUCUCACUGCGGUUCUGAACCUGCUGCUCAUCAUCUCCAUCUCCCACUUCAGGUAAUCGCUGACACCUCCUCCACCUGGAUGUCUUUUGGUGGAUGACGGUCAUGGUGAUGCACUCUGUUGUCUUCAGGCAGCUCCACACUCCCACCAACCUCCUCCUGCUCUCUCUGGGCGUAGCAGACUUCUUUGUUGGCCUCCUCCUGUUGUUUCAGAUCCCGCUCUUGGACGGCUGCUGGUAUCUGGGUGACCUCAUGUGUGUUUUUUACUACAUUUUUAUGGUAACCACUACCUGUGCCUCUAUAGGGACUAUGGUUCUCAUAUCAGUGGACAGAUAUGUGGCCAUUUGUUAUCCUUUGCAUUAUCCUGUCAAAAUCACCCCAAAGAGAGCUGGGAUCAGCGUGUUCCUCUGCUGGACCUGCUCGUUCCUCUACGACAUUUUGAUGAUGAAGGACAACUUCAAACAGCCAGGCAAGUUCAGCUCCUGCUCCGGAGACUGUGUGGUUCGUCUCAGUUACGUCAGCCAAGUUGUGGACCAGGUGGUGUCCUUCUUUCUUCCCAUCACGGUCAUAGUGGUCCUGUACGCCAGGGUGUUUGCGGUGGCGGUGUCUCAGGGGCGGGCCAUGCGCUCUCACGUUGCAGCCGUCCCUCGCAAAACCAAAGUGAGGGUGAGAAAGUCUGAGAUGAAGGCCGCCGGCACUCUUGGGGUUGUGGUUUUUGUGUUUUUUGUGUGUCUGUUCCCCUCCUACUCUGCAUCGCUGUCAGGUCAGGAAACCGUGAUCGACACAUUCUCUGCCGCUUUCAUGUUUUUUCUGGCCUUCUUCAACUCGUGCCUGAAUCCGAUUAUUUACGCUUUUUUCUAUCCUUGGUUCAGAAAAUCAAUAAAACUAAUCAUGACGCUUGGACUUCUGAAAGCUGAUUCCCGUGAUGCCAACCUAAUGUAGGAUCUUCAAGAGCUUCUACAUAGAAAAAAUCUACCUUGUGUGGAGAAUAAAAGCUAGUACAACAGCAGCAUCUGACCUGCAGGCAUGUUUACAGUAAGAUUUGAAACGAGCUUCAAUGCAAUCAGUUUCCUGUGAACCUGUGAUGCAAUCGAGGGAUGCAUUCCUGCUUGGACACACCUGAUCCAGGUUGUGAACAGGCCGACGGUAUCGGAAAAACUUGUAGGGUCACCGACACUUGACGCCUGGAGUUCCCCAUCUCAGCUGUAGACUUUUGUUCAAGCUUCUCAUAUUUUGAUCAAUUUAUUGUCAAGUUUGAUCAAAGCUUAGUACUCCUUUUUCAGAUUUUUUUUUCUACUUUGCAAUUUUCUCUGUUAAAACUGUUUUUUGUAUAAAUCCAAAGACAAAGCAAAGACUGUCAAAUAAUGAGGAAAAUAUGUCUAAAAAACACAAAGCUGUAUUAAACAGUGUUCCAAGGAUUUCUUCCAGCUAUGUGUCAUAACUUCUAUGUCUGUUUUACACCAGAAAUCUCAAAGCUGAAAACUAUACUAAUACUAAUGAUAGAUCCGUGUCUAUCCUGUAAAUGGCAAACUCAUGGAUGAGCUCAGAGGCUACUGAUGGUUG